UGUACACACUACACAUCUCCGAGCACCGCAUACAUGUCACUGUGUCAGCACACAGGCCAGCAUCUUCUGCCAUCUCCAAGGACGGGCACCCACAGCCUCAGCAUCCCUGCCUCCUGCAUCUCAUGCUGACACAAGCUGGAAUGCUUGUUUGUUCCUUCUAUAAAUCUUAAGUGUGAAGACUCAGAGGAACCGACCUGGAUGAUGCCUUCUGAGAUAUGCCUCAGUACUAAAGAAAUGCUAACAGGUCAGAGGCAUUGCCAGUCCAUGUCACACAAAGAUGCUGUUCUGUCUGCGUUAAAUCAGCAGAGGAGCGACGGUAUACUGUGUGAUGUCACCCUUGUUGCUGAAGAGCAGAAGUUCCAUGCCCAUAAGGCCGUGUUGGCAGCCUGCAGUGAUUAUUUUCGGGCAAUGUUUAGUCUUUGCAUGGUCGAAAGUGAAGCCGAUGAAGUCAAUUUACAUGGUGUCACCAGUCUUGGCUUAAAACAGGCUCUUGACUUUGCCUACACUGGACAGAUAUUAUUGGAGCCAGGAGCGAUCCAGGAUGUUUUGGCAGCUGGAAGUCACCUACAGUUACUUGAGCUGUUGAACCUCUGUUCCCAGUAUCUGAUCCAGGAACUAAGUAGCUUUAAUUACUUGGACCUGUAUAAACUAGCUGACUUGUUUAAUCUGACAUUGCUGGAGACAGCAGUGGUGGACUUUCUAGUAAAGCACUUGUCAGAGCUUUUGAAAAGUCACCCGGAAGAAGUUCUUGCACUGCCCUUCCGUCUGCUCAGAGAGGUCCUGAAGAGUGAUCAUCUGACAUCACUUAGCGAAGAGCAAAUUUGGCAAUUGGCUGUGAGAUGGCUGGAGCACAACUGCCGUUAUCAGUACAUAGAUGAACUGCUGCAGUAUGUACGUUUUAGCCUCAUGGAUACAAACGCUCUUCACACUAUCAUCCUUUCUCACCCUUUGAUUCAAGCUAGUGAAACAGCUACAGCACUAAUUAAUGAAGCCUUGGAAUAUCACCAAAGUAUCUAUGCACAGCCGAUAUGGCAGACCAUACGGACGAAACCACGCUUUCAGUCCUGUACACUUUAUAUUGUUGGAGGAAAGAAGAGGGAGAUCUGCAAAGUUCGGGAGUUGAGAUAUUUUAAUCCUGUUGAUCAAGACAAUGUUCAUAUUGCAGGAAUCGCAAAUUGGAGUGAGCUGACUCCUAUGCCGGUAGGGAGAAGCCAUCACUGUGUGGCAAUCAUGGGUGACUUUUUAUUUGCUGCAGGAGGGGAAGUUGAGCAUGCCACUGGGCGCACCUGUGCGGUGAGGACAGCAUGCCGAUACGAUCCUCGCAACAAUGCAUGGAUUGAAAUAGCUCCAAUGAAGAACUGCCGGGAGCAUUUUGUUCUGGGUGCACUGGACAAUUGUCUCUAUGCAGUAGGGGGCAGGAAUGAAUUACGACAGGUACUGCCAUCUGUAGAGCGGUACUGCCCCAAGAAGAACAAGUGGACUUUUGUACAGUCGUUUGAUAGAUCUCUUUCAUGUCAUGCUGGAUGUGUUGCAGAUGGUCUUCUCUGGAUAUCAGGAGGAGUGACUAAUACAGCACAAUACCAGAACAGACUCAUGGUGUAUGAUCCAAAACAGAAUAAGUGGAUUAGUCGCAGCCCUAUGCUGCAGAGAAGAGUUUACCAUGCCAUGGCAGCAGUCCAAAGGAAGCUUUAUGCCCUGGGUGGAAAUGAUUUAGAUUACAACAAUGAUCGGAUUUUGGUGCGACACAUAGAUUCUUACAACAUUGACACGGACCAGUGGACACGCUGCAGCUUCAAUUUACUCACAGGGCAAAAUGAGUCUGGAGUUGCUGUUCAUAAUGGAAGAAUCUACUUGGUUGGUGGUUAUUCUAUUUGGACAAAUGAACCUUUAGCAUGUAUACAGGUGCUGGACGUUAGCAGAGAAGGCAAAGAAGAAGUGUUCUAUGGGCCUACACUGCCAUUCGCCUCUAAUGGGAUAGCAACAUGCUUCCUGCCUGCACCGUACUUCACAUGUCCCAAUUUGCAGACUUUGCAGGUUCCACAUCAUAGAAUAGGCACAAUGUAAAGAAUUUAUUUACAUAGAAUCCAGAAAUGAACACAACAUACGGUAUAUUAUUGUGGGUGAAUGAUAUAGCUAAAUAAUAAAAACACAAGGUUGGUGCCAUUCAUAUAUGUUCUAUACAUAGCUAUACAUCUGUAACCUCCUGUGCUGGCUGACAAAUCACUCUACUGCCAUAAGCAUAAAUAUAUAGUCAGGGCAGGGUAUCAUUGUGCCUGGGAACUUCUGUACAGUACUGCAAAUGAUUACUCACAGCAUUAUGAUGCAAAGGGAACAGUGACUAUGCAAAAGGCUACUUUACUCACCAGAGCAAAGGUGUCAUUGCUAGACCAAUAUGCUCCAGUCACUAGUGUCUGUACACUUUCACACUAAGAACAAAACAAAUGGUUAAAGGGCAAUACACAAUGAUAAGAAUUUAAACAUAUGCAACUGACUGGAUGUAUGUGAUAAGCAAAGGGAAUGUCAACCAUAAAAGAUCACUGUAAUUUCAUGAUAUGUAAAUCAUUUUCCAUAUCGUUCCGUUCUAAGCCAUGGUGUGGAACAUUGCAAUGACUUUCAUAUUGAAGAGAUGGGACAAAUAUAAAAGGAACUGUGAUAAAAAAAUUAGGUUUGCGCAUUUACAACCCAUCAACUUUGCUGCUAAUAAGUUACUGAACA